CAUCAGCAUACGUGCAUACGUCUUCGACUGGUUUCCAGACCCACAAAACCACACCACUGUUCAUUGCACGAAGUGCUGCACUACGAAGUACUUUUACGUCGCUUCAUCAGUAAAUACCCCCAGUCCUUACCAGCGUAGGCCUACACUCACAUCAUAGGCACAGCCGCAGUCGCAGACACAGCCACAACCCGAACCAACAGCCAUGGAUUUUGAUCAGAUACUCUCGAAAUGCGGCGAUUUCAGUCGUUAUCAAUUUAUGUUGUUGACGCUAUUCGGUGUCAUCAAUUUCAUCGUCUCACUACACUAUUUUACUCAAACUGUGAUAAGUUUUGUGCCCGAUCAUUGGUGUUACCAUGAGAAAUUAGCGAAUAAGUCAUUCGAUGAGAUUGCAGAGAUUUACUCGAAAUUCGCGAAUCCUUCGUGUACGCGACUACUGGACAUCGAUGGCGCCAAUGUGACGGUGAGUCCAGAGCGUUGUACGCGUUGGAUCUACAAGUAUGAUUACGGUUAUAGGAGCAUGAACACAGAGCUAAAUUGGGUCUGUGAUUCGGCGUAUAAAGCGCGCGUUGGACAAUCGCUGUUCUUUAUUGGUUCCGUUGUGGGAACCCUCUUUUAUGGUCUACUAUCGGAUAAGAUAGGUCGCUUGCCCGCCUUGAUACUUUCAAACUUUUCGGGCUUCAUUGGUGAUUUUUCGACAAUAUUCUCAAGAAGCGUAACGACGUUUUCACUGUGUCGCUUCAUUUCUGGCAUGGCAGCAGAUACGAACUUUUACCUCAUGUACAUUAUUGUACUCGAAUACAUCCGUCCGUCGAUGCGUACACUUGGACUGAACUUGGCCGUCGGCGUUUUCUACACAAUCGGUCUAGUCAUUACGCCAUGGUUAGCCGUGCUCGUUGGCCAUUGGCAACUUUACUUAGCCUGUACUUCACUGCCAAUACUCUCUGUGGUGCUGUAUUAUUUUGUAGUGCAAGAGAGCGCACAAUGGUUGGUCACAAGAAAUGAUGUGGAUGGUGCUAUAAAGCGUUUGAAACGCGUUGCACGAUUUAAUAAGCGCAAAGUAACGCCAACGGAAUUCGAGGAGUUUCGCAAACAUUGCGAAAAGCAGCGUCAGAAAAUGGGCGGCGACGAUCAAGUGCAUUCGACGCUAUUGGAUAUGUUCAAAACGCCACGCAUGCGCAAACAUACGCUGAUCUUAUUUUUUAAGUCCAUGGUCAUCACGCUCUGCUACGAUGCCGUUUCACGUAAUGUCGAAGGCAUGGGCAUCUCACCAUUCAUCAUGUUCUCGCUGAGCGCCAUUGCCGUACUACCUUCGAGUAUUAUCGUCAUACUGCUGCAGGAUCGUAUCGGACGCAAAGGUAUGGCGGCUGGUUCAUUGCUUGUCGGCGGCUUAUUCACCACCAUGGCAGGCAUAGCGAUCGCCUAUCAGCAACACAAUCACAAUGCGGUGCUGCUGGCGUGCCUAACGAUAGCGGCACGGUUCGGUGUAGCGAUCUCAUACGAGUCAGGAUCACAAUAUGCUACCGAGCUAAUACCGACCUGCGUGCGUGGUCAGGGUGUGGCAGCGGUGCACGUGGCUGGAUUUGCAGCAUCCUUUUUGGCGCCAUACAUCCUAUGGUUGGGUACAUUCUUCAAAGCGGCGCCUUCGAUAAUUUUGGGUGUACUCUUCUUCACCGGCUCCUUUGUUUGCUUGCUCUUGCCCGAAACGCUGAAUAGAACGCUGCCAAAGACCGUCGAGGAGGGUGAGGUAUUCGGCAAAGGUGAACGCAUGUUCGAUUUCCCAUGUCUUUCGCAAAAGGGCGCACAAUCAGAGGAGGAGGAGGCGUACGAACGAAAGCAAUCGUUAACUGUUUUCGAUCGUGGCGAUGAUUCGGCCGAUGAGAACCUCAACAGUGCGGCGUAAAAGAGUGUGUGUGUACGCAAUAGGAAUGUAUUUGCCGUUAGCUUCCGUAGGUGUUAAGCGUAAAUAUUAAAAAAAAAAAAAAUUUAUGAAUAUUAACCUGCACAUAAACGUCAAACACAAAAUUAAUAUUUUUUCUUAGUAAUUUAAUUUCAUUAGUAAACGUCAUUAGUUUUUAAGUACUUAUCAGUAAUAAUUUAGAUCUUAAGUACUUAGUGACAGAAGCCUUAUUUAUAAGAUACAAUAGUUCGAAAACGCAUAUGAAAACUGGAAUAUCAAAAAAAUGCUAAAUUAUUGAAAAUAUUUGCUUGAAUGCAAUUUUGUUUUAUAAAAGUUUGUAUAUUAAAAUAUUAUUUUUGCAUUCAUUGUAAAAACAAUUAACAGUGUUUAGGGAAG